CACUGGCCGUAAACUGUUGGCACGGCUCACCUGUUGGCCUCAACAGUGCUUGGCUGGGUUGUUGAGCGUGCGGUUCCUUUCGCCCGGCGCUGCUUCGCGAUCGCUUCGUUAUCGCGUCUCCGUGGUCCCUUCGUGGUGCGUUUCCGUGAGAGUUUCGUACGAAUCGCGGUUUCGAGUCGAAGAAAUCACUCGGCCGUUGGGAUUUGGCGUUUCGCGAAUCCCUGUAAAGGACAAGGGCGACGGCAUCGCUAGGAAACAUCGACGACGCCCAGAAAAUUCAAAACGGAAAACGACAAACGAAAAACGCGUCGAUCGCUUGGUAGGUGGUAGAAAAACGAAAAGAAAGGAAAGGGGAGAAGAGCGACAGCGGCAGGGCUUUCCACGGAUUCCUGAACGCCGUGAAUUCGCCUCGAGCCGGAUUGUAUGCAAAUACCUAAGGAAAUAUCCGCAAGCUUGUUUCUGCCUCUGUCCGACCCCACCAGCCUCAGCCCCGGCUAUCGUGUCGUUAUUUACGCUGCUGACUAACGUUCCUGUCUUCCCGUGGAAGAGGUCCACUCCGUCCGAUCGUGCAUACCGCACGAUCGUUUCGCACACAGAUACGGAGUCUUCAACGAAGGAGCAAUAUCAGUAUGAAAAGAAAAAUUCGGACGCGACGAUGCACGUAAACGGGCAUACGACACAGGACGCGAAGCAAGAAAUGAACGAGAUGCUGGAGUGCGAGACCGGAUCGCUGUUAGUCCGAGUCGCGGACCUCGAGAGGCAAUCCUUGGCGCAGAGGGACGAGAUAGUUUGUCUUCGAGCUACUCUGGCGGAUGCGCUGAGGCGAAUUGCCCAGCUGGAAGGACGCGAGAAAAGAGAGGAUGAGAGAAACGAGAGGAGAAACGAAAGAAUAGUGUCCUCGCCCUUAAGGAACGGUCAUGUAUCGCUUAGAAGUAAUCAAAAUUCAACACCCCAGAAAGACAUACGUUUACGACAAACUGGCAGCUCUUGCCUGAGGAAUUCGUCUUCGUCAGGAUCUUCCCAGGAUAUUCGGGACUCGAUCUCCAGUCCACGGAGACCGGCCAGUUACACGCACUCGUCGCAACUUCCUCAACGAAGGUCGGUUCAUUACCAAUCGACGGGUUCGUUACACUCGGACAGUCCCAGUAGUAGUAGCGUUUCCCCGGUGCCAUCGCCGAGUCCUAGAGCCACGCCACUGCCAGUAGCCAGAGUAAUCCUGUUAUUCGAUAGAUCGCCGACAGCGAGAUCGAACGGGCCACCGCAAAGCAGCUUGAGAAGGGCGAAACGGUGGUCGUCGACAGGGGACUUUACGCAUUCCCCGCAAAAUCAGGGAAGCAAUUCGCAACUUGUCAGUAACAGAUUCUCAGCCUCCACCAAGUCUCUGUUCAACCUCUUCAAGCCACCGGCGCUGAACAACGUGAAACACGGCACCAGAGACAUGCAGUACAACGAGGAGGAAAGCACCGUCCGCAUGUACCUACGGGGUCGGCCCGUCGUCCUUUACGUCCCGACGCCUUUGAUGGAGUUGUACGACCUUCACAAAGUCAGCACACCGCCUCAGAGUAAACUAAAACUCGACUGGGUGUACGGUUAUCGAGGCAGAGACUGUCGAAGUAAUCUGCAUCUGCUGCCAACCGGCGAAAUCGUUUAUUUCGUCGCGGCCGUAGUGGUCUUGUACAACAUGGAAGAGCAUAGCCAGAGGCACUACUUGGGUCAUACGGACGAUAUCAAGUGCAUAGCGAUCCACCCAAACAAACUCGUGGUCGCCACUGGUCAAGUUUGUGGAACCGACAGACGAGAUGCUAUGCCUCACAUAAGGAUAUGGAACUCGGUCAGUUUGACCACUCUUUGCGUGAUUGGUAACGGCGAGUUCGAUGGCUCGAUUUGUUGUCUCUCGUUCUCGAAAGCAGACGGUGGAAAUUACCUGUGUGCUAUCGACGAGACUUCUGAUCACAACAUAUCGAUCUGGGAUUGGCAGAAAGGAGAACGAGGUACCAAAGUGACUGAAACAAAGUGCUCGGUGGACACGGUGGUAUGCGCCGAAUGGCAUCCGCUGGAACGGAACCAGAUCGUAUCCUGCGGUAAGGGACACGUGUCCUUUUGGUCCCUCGAUAACGGUGGCAUGCUGUACAAACGGAUGGGCAUUUUCGAGAGCAGAGAAAAACCAAGAUACGUUACCUGUGUGGCUUUUAAUCAGAGCGGUGAUGUUCUUACUGGCGAUAGCAACGGUAACAUCAUCGUUUGGGGCAGAGGAACAAACACGAUUUCGAAGAUAUCGAGGAACAUUCACGAAGGAUCUAUAUUUUCGAUUUGCGUUUUAAAAGAUGGUUUUAUCGUCACCGGAGGUGGCAAAGAUGGCAAAAUAUUGUACUUUGACGAAUCGUUAAACCUGACGGGGGAAGAAGCGCAAAUCGAGGAUCAUUUCGGCGGGAUUCGAACACUCGCGGAAGGCAGAGGUUCGCAGUUGCUGAUUGGAACAACCAGGAAUUGCAUUUUAGUCGGCGAUGUGGGAAUGGGAUUUAGUCCGGCGAUGUUGGGACACGCCGAAGAAGUUUGGGGACUCGCGGCUCAUCCGACUUUACCGCAGUUUGCAACGGCAGGCCACGAUAGGUUGUUGCAAAUGUGGGAUAGUCUCAGUCACACCGUGGUCUGGAGCAAAGAUAUCGGGGAGCAAGCACAGAGCAUCGGUUUCACACCAGACGGUAAUGUUAUGGUGGUCGGAUGCACUUCCGGAAAAUGGUUAGCGAUCGACAGUGAAACUCGAGAAUUAUACACUCAUCACAGCGACGGGUCUGAACCUAUUCAGGUCGUUAGAUUUUCACCGGACGGAACGCUAUUAGCUCUGGGCUCCAGAGACAACUAUAUUUAUGUUUAUCAGGUAAACGAAGAUGCGGUGAAAUAUAGUCGAGUUGGACGAUGUAUGCCAAAGAGGAUACGCAGGCGUGGUGGACAUUCGAGUUUCAUAACUCAUUUGGACUGGUCAAUGGACGGACAAUAUUUACGUAGCAACAGCGGAGACUACGAACUGCUAUAUUGGAAUCCCGGAGUUUGUCGUCAGAUCCCACAACCAUCGAUGAUGAGGGACAUGGACUGGGCGAGUCACACCUGCGUAAUAUCCUUCGAAACGAUUGGGAUAUGGCCGGAAGGAGCCGAUGGUACAGACGUAAAUAAUUGUACCCGUAGCGGUGAUUCCAAGUUGCUCGCAACCGGCGACGACUUUGGAAAAGUCAAGUUGUUCACUUACCCCGCUUGUCAACCGAAGUCGCUGUGUCAUGCGUACGGUGGUCAUUCGAGUCACGUUACGAACGUAUCGUUCCUUCAAGACGACACGCGACUAAUUUCCACUGGCGGAAGUGACACGAGCGUUCUUCAAUGGAUCGUAAAUUACUAACUCUGUUAUCUACCAAUCGAGUCGAGUGGAAAAUAGAGACAGUGAAAGUACGAAGCACCACGAAAUAGCAUUCGGCAUGAUCUGCCGAAUUUAGUCCGGCAACUCUGUGACCGCCAUUCUCGUUGCUAGCUUAAGGAGCAGUCGAAAGAAACAAGCGGCGUCGGUUGCGACCGUGGAAGGAAAAAGUGCUGGUUUAAAGAGAGGAGAACGGAAAAGAUGCUGCGUACAGUUAAAUAAUUUUACUCUUUAAGUGUCCUUCACGAAUCAAUGACUGAAAGUCAUGACGCUAAUUUCUUAUUAUUGUUAGUCACGAACGGUCUUGAUCCGUAAUUUUGAGCUGCGAAAACAAGACGACGUGAAAAUAUUAGUGAAAUCUUGUCAGCCAAUGUGGCGAACGAUAUGAUAGACUAUACUUGGUCAAUUAGUAUGUAAUAACGUAACAAAGUGUCUUUUUCAUAUUUCAUGUAUUUACAACUAUUUUUCGAACGCCGAAGCGCCGCCGACUUUACAAAUUUAUGUGAGUGUUGUUCGUCUAGUAAUCGCUGACGAAACGCACCGUGAUGUUUUCCACAUAAACACACAAAUUGCACAGUUCGUACAUAAGUAGAUAUAUACUUUCGUAUAAUUAGUAGCGAUAAAAUGAAGUUGAGUGACUUUCAACCGAUUUGAUGGGAAACGUCGACAUUCCAAUUGCUCGUGCCCGUAAAAAGGUAGGAUUAUCGUUAUCUUGUGCAGCCACGUAAAUUCUAUUUCUUCUGAACGUUAGCUAUCACGCUACCAGCCACCACCCAACAAUGUGUUUAUUUUUCGCGAAUAGAUCGUUACCGAUCUUAGUUACUGUAAGCUUAUUUUGUGGCGGUACGAGCCCUUGAAGCAAUUUUAAAUAGCGAGAGCCAAAAUAGAUCGAGCGAAGAGUACGCAAUUGGGGAGAGCGAAAGAAAUUGCAAGAUAAUGGGAUGACCGAUUAAUUGGUUAAAUUGUUAAAAUUAUUGAAAUUGUUCUAUUUCGUCGGAAAAUCGUGAUACACACGUGGUGUAUUUACGUUUGGUCUGCUGCUGAUUCUUUUUUUUUUUCUUUUUCAGAAAUACGAUAUUUCUGUAAUGCAGGCUUUUUUUGUAAUGCUUCUGAAAAUACGAAUAAAAAUGUGGACGAAGAACGUCUCGAAUUUUAUCGAAUAA